AUGAUCACUUCCCAGGGAGAUGAAUUUAAAGACCCAGGAAUCUAUGUCGGAACUGGAGGUCUUCUGCUAUACUUCUAUAAGAAAAUAAAAUACCUUCAAAUGAUGAGAGAAGAUUUAGAAGAGACAAAGGAGAGUUUUGAUAUCUGCUUUGAAACUAACCUUGAGCUUUGGAAGCAUCAAAAAAUGAGUAAAAAGCAGAUUCCCUCUUUCUUUAUGGGAAUGCCUGGAAUUCUAACGAUUGGGUACCUAUUCUACCACGAAUUUGGUAAUGAGAGUAGAGCUUAUGAGUGAUUAUCUCAUAUCUGUAAUUAUGCUGAAAUGCCUCUUGAAGAAAGUGAGAUCUUAUAUGGCCAUGCUGGCCUUCUAUAUUGCCUGUUGCUUAUUAAAGAUAAUAACCCAGAAUGUGCUAAGGUUGACAAGUAUAUCUUCCAAGUCACACUUGAGUUGAUCCAGCAUGGGAUAGAUAACUUUGAUGAAUUAGGGGUCGAUCAAGAUAAGAAAACUUUGUAUUACGACUUCCCUCAUAGACAAGGAGCGAACUAUCUUGGAGCCGCACAUGGAGUCAUGGGAAUAGUUUAUUUGGUCCUAAAAGCUUUUGAGUUCAUACCACUUCAAGACAUCCCUCAAGCGUGUUUCAGAGUUAUCAAAAAUACUUGCAAUGAAAUAGCCGGAAUGCAAACUGAAGAAGGAAAUUUCCCAAUGGCUAGAGAGAGUUUGGUGUCUGAUCUCGUCCAUUUCUGCCAUGGAGCACCAGGAGCAAUUCCAUUUUUAUUAAAAUGCCAUGAAUUUUAUGAAGACAAGAAGUUCCUCAUUGCUGCUUUGAAGGCAGGAGAAUUAGUGAUCACCAAAGGAAUUUUGAAGAAAGGAAAUAAUCUUUGUCACGGAAUUUCUGGAAAUGUCUACUGCCUGAUGAAUAUCUAUUCACAUCUUAGAGAGAUGUACGAAGGAGAAGGAGACCCAGAUGCUGACAAAGAUAUACUCAAAUGGAAAAUAAAUGCAUAUAAAAUUGCUCAUGCUACCUAUAUCAAAAAUAUCCAAAUAAGAUGAGUGAAGUACAGAGAUCCUACCAGAAAGGUAAGAGGCAUUCCAGAUACUGUCUACUCCUUAAUGGAGGGAAGAAUGGGCUGAGCUGUAAUGUAUCUCGACAUUCUGACAAAUGAGCAUAACAUGAAGUUUCCAGGGUAUGAAAUUUAA